UAGGGCUGAGUUUCCAUCUGCCAUCAAAUGUCUUUCUGCCUGACUGAGAUGCACCUGUGGUCUUUGAAGAAUACCCUACAUAUUAGGGACAGUGAUAUUGGGAUCCAUCAGUACUAUGACAAAAAAGAAACAGUAUCACAAAUGAAGUAUGGUUACUUAGAAGAGAAGCAACAGCUCAUGGAAUCUCGAGAUUAUCCUUGGAUACUUAAAAACAAACGUCCAGAAAAACUACGAGAUACCCUCAAGGAGCUGGAGGAGUUGAUGCAAAACAGUCAGUGUGUGCUGAGCAAAUGGAAGAACAAAUAUGUCUGUCAGCUCAUCUUUCAUUCAGGUGUACUGGUGUCCCUAAGCAUUUCUGGGCCUCAGCUGGAGAAAGUGGUGAUUGACAGGACCCUGGUGGGGAAGCUCAUCUCCGACACCAUCAGUGAUGCUGUUCUUACUGACAGUUUCAUCAUCUUGUCAUUUUGGGAGCAAAACAAACUCUGCUUUAUUCAGUUUACAAAGAAGACAGGUUCUCCUGAUGUAAACAAAAGACUUGAAAAACUCUCAUCCUUGGAUUUUAAGAUUUCUUAUGUUGACAUACCUGGACCAGAAAAUAGGAGGAUGAAACGUCAUCUGGCAAUAAAUUGUAUGCAAGAUAUGAUCAUUUGCUGGUGGUCAGCUACUAAUGAUGGAGCAUGGCCUUGGUCUCCUAUGUCCAGUGAAAGGAACAGAGCCAACCUAUUGCUUUUAAGCUGUGCACGUGGCAGAAUGGAGGUUUUAAGUUACAUUCGUACAGAAUGGGAUCCACUUGAUGCUAGUUUUAGCGCUAAUCAGUCUUACCAAGUGCACACAGUAGAGCAUUCCAUCUCUGCAGACAAAGAGCCUAUGGCUGACAGUUGCACUUAUGAAUAUGUUAAGAACAAAAUACAGUGUGUGGCAGUCACCAGAAUACCACUGAGAUCAAAAGCCAUCACCUGCUGCAGAAACAUUGCAGAAGACAAACUGAUCCUUGGCUGUGAAGAUUCUUCCAUAAUUCUGUACAAAAUCCACCAAAGAGUGACUCUGUUAGCUCAGGCAGAAGUAUUGCCUGCCUUAAUAAGCUGCCAUCCCAGUGGUGCCAUAUUUCUUGUUGGCAGCUCUCAAGGGGAACUGCAGCUUUUUGACACAGCACUAUCACCAAUUAAAAUGCAGCUUUUGUCAGAAGACUGUUCACCCAUGGCAACUUUGCAAUUCAGCAAACAAUUUGAUGUGUCAAGUAGUCUCAUCCAGAUGCAGUGGGCAGCUCCUCAAGUUGCAUUCCACAGCAUUGAUGGCACAGAUGUUCAUGAUAUUCUAUUACUUAGAUUUGACAAUGGACCUAUAGGAGUACUUCAGUUUAAAUUCGGUGUCAUCCCAAGAGGACAGCUGAGUCUUGUGGACAUCAUCCACCAGUACAUUCAGUAUGAUGAGAUGCAUGAGGCGAUUAAUGUCCUGAGUAGCAUGAACUGGAACACUAUGGGCCAACAGUGUUACAUAAGCUUGAGUGCUAUUGUAAAUCACCUUUUUAGAAAAAAGUUGACAGCAGAGAGAGAAGCACAGCUUGAGGCAAGCCUUGGAACCUUUUAUGCUCCAGCAAGGCCCCUGUUGGAUAUGACUGUCUUGGAAUAUCGGGAUCCAAUCAGCAGAUAUGCAAGAAGGUUCUUCCACCACCUGCUCAGGUAUCAGAGAUUUGAAAAGGCAUUUCUGCUAGCUGUUGACAUAGGUGCUCGUGACCUGUUUAUGGACAUCCAUUACCUUGCACUAGAUAAGGGUGAAUUGGCGCUAGCUGAAGUGGCAAAGAAAAAGGCUAAUGACAUUGAUGCAGAAUCAAUAACUGCUGGAGUUGAACGUUUGGGACAUUUUCACAGAGAGGAUACUCCAAAUGAAGCUUUUGUUGACCCAUCUUUAACACCUCAAGAGGAACAUAACUUCCCUCCUUCUGACUCAAACUUCAACCAUACAACACAGAGCAGUUCUUCUAACAGAAAAGACAGAAGCACAACGACAAAGAUGUCCAGACCAAAAAAUAAGGUGUGAAAGACAGGACUCCUGAUAAGUGCGCAUGAGUUCAGCAGAAGAUCUUCCAGUCCACCACUAGCCGCUGGUCUGAUUCUCUGAACUUAAGCCACUGAUCUGUCAAUCCACAGAAUCACUCUUAAAGGGCUCUUAUUUAUAUUAUAGCAAAAGAUGGAUGUUAUGCAGGGGAUGCUAAACUCAGUGGAGAGACAGUACGGACUAAUGCUUAAAUAGAGUGAAAUUGCAACGUACCUAUUAUAAAAGAAAAUACACUAGGUCUGGUGCCCAGCAUCUCAAAGAACAUGUGUACGUAUGCUUUGGAUAUCAGAUGCUGACCAAGGGGUGAAACCUUUUCUAGUUAUGGAAAUUUUCAGCAACAGUAUCUGGAAAUCAGUGAAAAUGAAAAUUAUAAGAUCCCCCGCAUGAACAAGAUGGUCACCGAAGGCCACUUGUAGACCUUAAUUUAAUGGCACAAUGGGAUGUGAUCCCUGAUCCCAACAAUUGUGCAUUCUGCUGUACUAUACAUAUAUGGCAGGACACAAGAUUUUUGGGAUCGGGAAUAAAGUGUCAGAUCCCAUCAGCUUUAUGGUUGAUUUUUCCCAUUUUAUUCAACCAAAUUAUUGGCUCGUGUGGCUGUAACAGAGACCCAUCCCAGGGGUGGCUGUGAUGCUCCUGGAGCCCUCUUGGCCCUUAUCAAUCUGGCUUUCUUUCGGCAAUAUCCCCUUCUCCUCACCUGCCACACCUUGAUAAAAUGAUACUUUCCAAAAAGGGAUGCUGCCCCCAGGCUCCCCGAGCAAGAUUUCACUCCUGUGCACCAGUGUCGCUGCUCAUAACAUUAAGGGCUAAUUAUGGGGUCUCCAUCCUCCCUAGUAUCCACACCCAUGCCUUGCAGAUGUCACACAUGCUAAUCGGAUCCUAACCUCCCCUACAGGCUACAGGCUUCUGGCCCUGUUCCUCCUUACACCAGCCCCUCUCUGGGCUGUGGGUACUCUAGCCACCUCAGUCUCUGGCUCUGGCCUUUCUAGCCUUCAGUCCUUCUCCUUAGACUCUGGCCCUGCUCCUAGGCCAGUUGAGAUCCAUGGGCUCUCCAGCCCUACCUGUCUCCAGCUGUGGCCAGUCUUGGCCUUUGGCCCUUUCUGAGCCCUGGCCCCAUUCUUAAGCCAGUGACACCUAUAGCCACCCUGUAACCAGCUACUUGUUCUCUGGGCCCUCUAGCCCUCCACUGUUUCUCAGAUUUCUAGCCCCUGCUCGCUCUCUUUCCCUCUAAGCCAGCUGGGACCUCCUCACCUCCCCAUAGUUCCUUCCGCAAACCACGAGUGUUGCUCACCCCAGCUCAGAUGUUAACCAGGAACCCUGCUGCCCAGGAACUCCUUUCUCUGUGGCCCUCAGGGCUAGACUCCCUGACCAACUCAGGCGUGGGCUUAUAUUCUUCAAAACUGGCCCCCUUCUGGUCAGGUGACUCUCUGAUUGGCCCCUGCCACAGCUGCAGGGUGGUUCUGACGCAGCCUGCCUUCUCUU